CCCCUUCGAAAGUCAACGCCUUGUUCGAUUCCUAUCCUUUCCUCUGGACUGGCCUUCCACUACUAGUUCCCCUCGGUUAUGUCUUCUUCUUCGACCGCAAAAUUGCAAAGGCUUAAUCCCCCCAAGAUCGCGAUGUCGAUCGAUUCUCACCAAAAAGAUCCGAUCUUUGCGCCUCUUUAUCGUUCAAAGAUGAAUGAGUCGCAAGUAAAGAGUCCCCACCUAACAAGUUUGGUACGAACACGUGUCCCACUUUGCGUGACCAAACUCGAUUUCGCAUAGCACCACCCGCAGAACGCGUCCAUUGCGUGUGCUCAAAGCAAAGCACGCGAGCGUUAUCUCCGUGUUGUUUAUCUAGUGGAAUCGAUAUCUCUCCGAUAUGUCUAUAUAUUUGAUUAGAAGUAUCACUACGACAUACAUCACAGCGAGAGGGCUCGUCAUCUGCCUUCUUCAUUGAAGAGAAAAUGGGAGGGGGAAAGGAUAAGCAUGACGAAUCUGAUAAAGGAUUGUUUUCAAACUUAGCUCAUGGGCUUGCUGGACAUGGACAGCAUGGGGGGUAUCCUCCAUACCCCGGGGCGUACCCACCACCCGGGGCAUACCCUCCACAAGGAUAUCCUCCCGCACCAGGUGCAUAUCCUCCGCAUGGACAUCCUUCUCAGGGAUAUCCCCCUCAAGGCUAUCCACCAUCAGGGUAUCCUGGAUAUCCUCCAUCAGGCGGAUACCCACCUUCGGGAUAUCCACCUGCCGCUUAUCCUGGUCCAUCGGCUCCGUCACAUCAUGGACAUGGAUCUAACAUGGGAGCGAUGCUGGCGGGGGGAGCUGCAGCUGCUGCGGCAGCUUACGGGGUUCACCAAUUGUCUCACGGCCAUCAUCAGAUGGGACAUGGAAUGCACCAUGGCUUGGGCCACCAUGGCAAGUUCAAGCACCAUGGCUUUGGCCACCAUGGCAAGUUCAAGCACCAUGGCAAGUUCAAGCAUGGAAAAUUUGGCAAGCACGGCAUGUUUGGUGGGAAACACGGCAUGUUUGGUGGCAAGUUCAAGAAGUGGAAGUGAUCCGUGAUUGCCUGAAUCCGUAUCAAUAUCUCGCUAUUGUUUUUAUUUUCUUGCUCUAAAUUCUGUCUUAUAUGCGUCACUCUCGUUUGUGAUAUGACUGUGUUGGGGAUGUGUUAUCGGCCUUAGGACAUUUUAAUCUUUGACAUUUGUCUUGUACCUCCUGGUAUUUAUUAUUGGUGCCCGAUGAUGCUGUUCAUAGUGUUCGAAGAGUAUA